CCCGCUCCAUCUGGGGUGUGGUGCCGCUGCUGCUUCUGCUGUUGGUCCGAGCUCAGACCGUCGUCGCCGCUGACUCCACGGAAACAGACGACCACACGAACCUCUGCAGAGCCAACCUGCUCUACCUGCCCCCGAAACUGUUCGCCAAACACACCUGCGCUCUCUGCUACAACUUUCACCCAGGGUUCUACCAGAAGUCGAAAUGGUCGCUCGCCUGGAAAAAGGCUGUGAUCGGCAACAGCACCUUCAUGUACCACGUUCUGUGGAACAGCUCCAUGAGCGAUGCAGUCGAGGCCGACUUCCUGCAGCCGGACCUGGACCUGCUGUCCACCUUCGUACGCCCGGAGGACGUGGCCAAGUGGAUCGACUGCUGCCAGAACGCCGUCUCCUGCUGCCACAGAAUGAUCGCCGCGGCGGGCAACACUGAGACGGACUGGUGUCCGCCGACCUGGGACGGCUGGCAGUGCUGGCAGGCGGCGGCGCCGGGAUCCACGGCCACCGCCGUUUGUCCCGACUACGUCUACUUCGACAACACUCCGCAUUGCGACCACUACGCCACCAAGGAGUGUGAGCACACCGGCCGGUGGUUCACGAUUCUCAACAGCCGUAACCAGACUCGCGAGUGGUCCGACUACGGGCCCUGUAAGCAGCUGACCGAGCUGCUGCGGAGGGUGUAUGUGCACGUGACGGCCAACGCCGUGUCCAUCGUGGCUCUCGUGCCGGCGCUCAUAAUAUUCUUCAGCUACAGACAGCUGAAUGUUCAUCGCGUCAGCAUCCACAAGAAUUUCUUCAUGUCACUGCUGCUGAAUUCAGUGAUGGUCAUUGUGUUCAAAUGUGUUGUCAUCCUCGACGAACUGAAGGGAGGGAGUCCUUCAAUCGUCCAACAGAAUGGCAUUGGGUGCAAGCUAUUAUUUUUACUCACAAAGUACUGCCGCCUCACAAACUACUUGUGGCAGUUUUGCGAAGGGUUUUAUCUGCACAAGCUUAUAGCGUCAGCGUUUGCGGAGCAGAAGAGUCUACUAGUGUUCUACCUCAUAGGAUGGGUGUUCCCAGUCGUUCCUGUGGCCAUAUACGCCGCGCUGAGGGCACGGUUCGCCGACCAACAGUGCUGGGUUUUGCCUGUCGAAGGCUACGAGUGGGUCCUCAACGCCCCCUGCCUCCUCAGUCUAGUGGUCUGUACCAUAUUCCUAAUCAACAUUAUUCGUGUGCUGGUGACAAAGUUACGAGCCCAGCACGCCAAUGAGCCCAGCCAGUACAGGCGAGCGGUGCGCGCCACGCUGGUGCUGGUGCCGCUGUUCGGCCUGCACCUGAUGGUGACCAUCUACCGUCCGUCGGACGGUGGCUGCGUCUGGAUGGAGAUCUACUACUACUGCGACUACCUGCUCGACGGACUCCAGGGCGCCAUGGUGGCGCUCAUCUUCUGCUACCUCAACGGCGAGGUGCAGAACCUACUGCGCCGCACCUACGGCCAUCACCUGAGUCUGCAUUCGACGGCGUUUCGCACGGGUCACCGCAGCUCGUCGCUGUCGGGCCGCUCUCAGAACACGAUGCACACCAUGGUUGGCCUGGACAACACGACCAGCGCCACGCUGGAGCACGCCGACUGCCCUGGCGGCGCGCCGCUGCUCCACCGGCCCCAUACCGGCAGCUCGGAGAAGGAGGAGCGCCUGUAGCUGCGGCCGGCCUCGGAGCGAUCGCAGCGACAUCUGUAAUACAGGAGAGGUGACGUAGAGCGACACCUGGAGGGUGGUGAUGAGAGACGCAGUGAGGUGCUCGUGGGUAAUAUCGACUAGUCCGAUUAUCAGGAAACAUUCGAGAACUGAGACUCAGUGGUUUUGCGAGACAUUGUCAGAUGAAUAUGUGUCAUAAACAUGAUAUUCGUUCAAUGUGAGCUGUGUACUAUUGAUGUGCGACUUUUUGUCGCCAGGUAGAGUGUCAUCGUUUAGGGUUAGUGGUCGGAGCCACCAAGUGGCGGCGUUACCUGU